AAAUGUUUCCAGCUGUAUUGAAUAUAUACCACGACGUUUUGUCCACACAGACGGAUUCCUAAACCCCAACCUGUCUAACUAAAUAUACACUUCAGCUAAUGUACAAUAAUAUAAUCCAUUUAGGGAAAAAAGGGUGAAAAAAUACUUAUUACUCUAAAGUCUAAACACGAUCACUGAGUCAUGUUGUAAAAAACAAUGGAUAUAUAUAUAAAUAUAGACUUCCAAAUUGGUUGCCAAGGUCGUGAGGGCACCUGCUUACCCAAACGUAAACAUGUGUUCAGCUUUAAUAUAUAUAUCGGUUGGCUGUAAUUAAAUCCCAUUUUGAACUGCUGUCAGAAUACGUGAAAAUAGAAAUAUUUUAAAGAAAGAAAGAAUUGAAAGGGUUUACAAGAAGGAAUAGACUUUGGUACCGAUGCGUCGGUCAAGUUUACCGAACGUAAAAGACAAUUUGGUUAUCACUCGAGCUAACGCACGUUAUCCACACUCUCAAAAUGUUUCGCGAUCGUGGCAACCUCGGGACGUGGUCGCCCGAGUUCGUACCGAGGAAAGGUUAGCGAGAUCAGUCGGGGAACGAAGCCAAGAGAGGAAGGUUUUGGAAUGGUGCAAGAAAAAUAACGUGAAUGUCAUUCGUAAAUUGCCAAAACUUGAUUCUACAGUCAUCACCUCAAGAGGAAUAAAUGAAGAAAGAUUCACGAGUUUUGUGGAUGAAGCAAAACUUGUCAAACGAGAACAACCGGUUAAACCCCCGGACUACAACAAGGAAAAAGCUCGGCCUUCAACAGAACACCGUGAAAACUUCUGCGCGUUUUGUCAAAGGGAUCUUCCAAAGAAAAGACAACGAGCUCGUAAAUCAACUUUUUUUACGAGCCCUUACGAGUGUGAGCAUUGCGGAGCAUCGAACGACAUUUACUUAGACAGUGACAAGAAUGUUUCUGAGUCCGAGAGCGAAGAUGAUCCGAAAUUUUCCGAGAGCGUUCACGACACGAUACGACGAGGAAAUCCUGAACAAGUCAUUGAUCAUCGAACAUUUUCCGAGGAUGAAACGAAAUCUGAGAGUUUAGAGAGAAUUGUUGAUAUUGAAAAUGAUGAGAGUGAUAUAUUUUGGAGAAGUGACUCUGAUUUUAAUAGCUUUCCUGGGAAUUUUGAGGAAAACUUGGCCGAUAUUAAUUUGAAUGAAGACUGUUAUUCUGGAACAGUAUUUCUAACAGAGACUUCACUUGGUAGCCAUAGUAUUCCACCUGUUGAGGUGAAGGUUGCUUGGGACGAUGACAACAGUAAUCAAUUCGCAGAAAUUAGCAGAACGAUCGCCACGGACGAUGGGAUUGAAGAUGACGUCACCUCACAGGAAAGCUGUGAUGUCACUUCACAGGAUAGCCAGUCUAGGAUGUCUAACAAUUUUGAGGAAUCAAGUCUUGAGAAUCCAGGAACUAAUAGCUUGUCUUUAGAAAAUGACUCAAUUGAUUUAGGGCCAAGGCUCAGCCCAACUCCUCCGCCUCCUCAAGGUAGGCGUGGGAGUUCACCAAGGAACUUUCUUUAUGGUGAACACCCCAAGAGAAGAGGUUCAGAAGAAGUUCAUGUGACUAGUAUGGAUGGAUCUUAUGAUAUGACUCAGUCACCUAUUGCAAACCGUUCUGUUGGUUUGACUAGAGUGGCGCUAAUGAGACUAAGUCGCUCAAAAACACGAGGCUCCCGGAGUUCACCUGGUACACCUCAACCUGUUGCUAGAUCAAAGGAGGAGUCUCGUUCUCAUUCACACGAUCCCCAAGACUCGUAUUCAUUUCUGGAUGCAGUCAGUCCUGAAAUUAAGUCGAUCCACAAGCAUGAGAACAGACAAAACUCUUCAGAUUCUCAAGAUUCAUAAAAAAAACAGAUGUUGUUGCACCAUGAGUGGGAACUUGUUUCCUACUGAUUCCUAAAGGUCCAUGAUCAUCCUUAUUCAUCGUAUCAUUAUCUAUCAACGUCCAUCCUAUUUUGGCCGAAAUCGAAAGGUCUUAUUAUGACUCAAAGCCCAAUUGUUUUCUGUUGAAUGCAGACCCAACUGAGUUUUUAUUUUUUCAGCUGUCCUUUGUCUACGUAUUUGCAUAUGCAUGAGCAAUCUGCUGAAAAAUAUCCGAUGCAGUAUACCAUUCUGUUUCAAAUUCCUUCGUGAGAUCUUUUCCAUUGUAUCUUCUUCUAAAUUCGCUAAUCCAGUCUUGAGUUUCUUGUAAACUUUCUUUCAUUGGUAAUAGCGAUGCUCGUCCUGACCUUUGCUUUGCCAUGUGAGUUGAGCGACCUAAUUCAUUGUUUUCCAAAGCCAAUAAUAUUCCUUUCUUUUCAGCGAAAGCUAUCUUCUUUUGUAUUCGUCUUAAGGUAUCUUCUGGAGCUUUUAACUUUCUUGUAGGGCAAAUAUCCUGAAGCUUGUACGGUGUCUCUAAAAUUUGUGGCCUAAUCUUGUCGCCAUUCAUCACACAGCUUAUAAGUUAUGAAUUUAUAUAUCUUUUUCUGAAUUUCAGAAUCAAGUCAUCAUAAAUUCUUUCCUUUUUCAUUUUGUCCCAUCUUCUUAAAGAAAAUGUCCACAGCCGUUUACUCAAAUUAAAAGAUGUAUUAUAUUUUUUAUAAUUCGUCGUUUUCGGCUUCAACUCUUUACCAAAUCAAACAUAAAACCUGUUUAGUUUUGAAUUUCAAAUCUCUUAGUAAUUAUCAUGGUCUUACAAACAUUUAAAUUACCAGGCAACAAAUCUAAAGUAAUUAAUAUAUGACAUACUAAGAAGUAGAAUUAAAAAUUAAUACGGGACCGUUAGU